CGCCAAAUCACCGUCUCCAAAGCGAUGUCGUUCAUCCUGCGGCACGCGGCCGAAAAGGAAGGGUUGCGGAUGGAUGCGCAGGGGUAUGCGAGCGUGGGGGAUUUGCUCGCCUGGCGCAAGCUCAAAUCCCUGAAAGUCACCUUCCCGGAGAUCGUGGACGCGGUCGCCAGUUCGGACAAGAAGCGGUUCGGGCUGUUGUAUCUCCCUCCUUCUGCUUCUACUUCUACAGCCACCUCUACGGCGGAGUCUACGCCCACGACUGCGGUGGAGUCUACAUCCACCGCCGAACAAGCAGGCGACACAACCAGCCCGCAAACAACAACCAACGACACCACCGAAACCGCAACAGCCACCGCCCUCGCGGCCGCCACGACCGACCAAGACCCCACCCACUACCUCAUCCGCGCGACGCAGGGCCACAGCAUCAAGACCGUCGAGGCCGCGGGCCUUUUGGAACGGCUGACUCCCACCACCUCCAACCUCCCGUCGACAGUCGUCCACGGGACGUUCCACGGGGCGUGGCCGUUGAUCCUGGAGUCCGGGGGCCUGCGGUGCAUGGGCCGGAACCAGGUGCAUUUUGCGACGGGGCCGGAGCGGGAGGCUGUGUUGGCGAGGUCGCAGCACGAGCAGAAGGAAGAAGGGGCGGUCGGCGGGGGCGGGGGCGGGCACGGGCAGGUGAUCUCGGGGAUGCGACGGGAUGCGCAGGUGUUGAUCUAUAUCGAUCUGGUGAAGGCGCUGCAGCUGGGGUGUCCGUUCUGGCGCAGUGAGAACGGGGUCAUUCUGAGCGAGGGGAUCGAGGGCAUGGUGCCGUUGGAGGUGGUUGAUGCCGUGGUCGAGCGGCGGCUGGGCACGAUCUGGGAGCGUGGGGCGGUCGUGCAGCAGUGGCCGGCGGAGUGGAGUCGGCGCCGGAAUCCUAAGGGG